AUGAAGCCUGCAGCAACAUCAUUGAUCACAACCCUCUCCUUCCUCCUCUGGCUCUCCUUCACCACCACCAAACCACUAACAUCACAAGCCUCAGCUUCUGAACAAGUUCUUGACAUUAAUGGAGAUCCUAUUUUCCCAGGUCGAGAAUACUACUUUGUGUCAGCUACAUGGGGACCAUUAUGUGGUGGGCCUAAACCAGAAAGAACUGGAGAUUCCUCAUCAUGUUCAUAUUCUGUUAUCCUGGAAAGAUUUGAUGUGAUGCUGGGUGAGCCAAUAAGAGUCCGUGUUCCAGGAAUAAGCACAGGCACGAUAUCUGUUGGUUCUUUUAAUGCAGAAAUCGAGUUCGUGAAAGAGCCAACAGGUUGUGCUGAUUCAUCCAAGCUUGUUAUUGGUGGUUCCAAAGACCAUCCGCAAUGGAGCUUGGUGAAUGGCGCUUUCAAGAUUGACCAGAUGGGAGGACUCGGCUACAAGCUUGUGUUUUGUACCAGAUUCAAUUUCCAGGCUUCAAAUAGUUGUUAUGGUGUUGGGAUUAAGUAUCAAGACGGAAAGAAGCAUCUGGUUCUGAAAGAAACUGAAGACGAAUCUCCCUUCAGGGUCUUGUUCAUGAAGAAAGAUCGUGUCUGGUAG